GCAAGACCGAAAAAAAGAUGGGUGCGGGCGGCUCGAAGGAUCCGGACACCUCCGAGCUGGUCAGGAGAGCCAAAAUAGGUGUCGUUCAGCUCAGGGAGCCUUGAAAGGACAAUCCAUAUGUCAUCACGGAGCCCGACUGGGAGCGCCUAACAUACGCGGAGCUGUCCAUGGUUGUCAGCAGUCUCACGCCCAACGGCGGCAUCCAGCAUGAAUACGGCUUCGCAGCUAAGGUGGACUACUGGGGCCGCCUGCAGAUGGAGCAGAGGCAGCGGGACAGCGAAAGGUACAUACCAUGACCAGGCACGUCGGCACCCAGGUGGCCAUGAUGCUUACGUACUGUGCAUGUCGUUGUCCUUUUGUCUCAUGCAGGGGGCAAGACUUGAAGGAUUCGAAUUCUGCUCCAUCGUCAUCCCGUAAGUCGGAUCCUUCGCCCCAGCCGAUGGCAGCCGAGGAGGCAGGGGCUGCGGAUGAGCUCAGACAACGACCCGGCCGACGGAGGAGUGCUGACAAGAACGAACAAGAACAGGGCGGACGGCAGCCGGCCGGGGGCGGUGGGAGGGCGGGUGCACUCUGACGGACAGUGACGCUGCAUUCACGUGGCUGGCUGCUCGUACGUGUGUGUGUGUGUGUGUGUGUGGCCUGACCACAUGCUGCUUGCCUGUCUGCCUGCCCGCCUGCAAUGUGGUGUGGUGUGACCCCUCUCUCUGUG